AUGGCGGAAGCAGCCCCGCACUACGGCACCCUCCGCUUCGACAUCCCCGACCAAUCCUCCACGUCUGAAGAGCGCGGCCUCUUUGCGCCUCCCGGAGCGAAAGAGGUGGUGUACGAGAAACUCCCGCUGCACAACUUUCACACCUCCCCCGAUGUCGUCAAGGGAGGCGCAGGCCUCGAUGUGCAAGGCUUCACGUGGAUCCAGCAUCGCUCGGUGCUUCAAAACUCGGACCAGUGGCUUGAGGGGCAGAACAUCGAAGCCACAUAUCUCGCCGAGUGCGAGGAUUUGAUUUGCCGGGCGACGGGGGCGAAGCGGGCAAUCGCCAACAAUGCCUUCUUUCGUCGUAGGCCCCAAGAUGACAUGUCGGAUCCGAAGCAUGUGCAUCUCCGCGAUACGCCGUUGGACAAGGCAAUCGGCCAGCUUCCCCGAGAUGCCAAUUACGUCUUCGGUCGGGACGCGGCAGAGUCGUCGCUGCCGCCGGCGAGGAUGGCUCACUCGGACUAUUCCGUCACAGGCUUGCGGAGCUCCGUCCGGUACUGUCGAAAAGACAUUUGCGAAAAGGCAAGCGAGGCACUCGAGGCGGAAGACGAGAAGAGUGCCCACAUUCCUCGCUACGCUGCGUACAGCGUGUGGCGGCCGAUCAAGCCUGUGAAGAAGGACCCAAUUGCCCUUUGCGAUUGGCGGACGAUUGACAAGCAAAACGAGUCUACGACUAUCGAAUACCGCGCUACCAGCGGCGUGACCGAGAAUGGCGAGUACAUCAUCCAAGGCCUCAUAGGUCUUCCGCCAAAACACCCCAUCAAGCAGAAAUGGUAUUGGGUGCCGGAGCAGAAACCCGACGAGGUGGCGAUUAUCAAGUUUGCGGAUACUGCUGGUGACACCGACCAAGACGUCGCUCAGGGCUGCCUGCACCUAAGUCCUGUGGUCGAGGGGACAGAAGGUGAGGCGGGCAGAGAGAGCAUUGACGUGCGGGUGUUUGCAUUUUGGUAG